UAGAACUCAACGGGACGCAAGGGCAGUUGUGAUAAAUAUACAAUUGUUUGCAACCAGUUGUGUGCGCAAUGUCAGAUCAUAUGUGAAUGUAAGUGUGUGGUCUGCUUGCUGUUUACGUCCGUCACUAAGGUGAACGUGUGGGAGGCGGUCCUCUGGUUUUACGUUCGUGGACAAGAAUAAACCAAUCCACGGCAGCUAUUUGCUGAACCAACGUCACAGUUAAAGGGAAACGUCCGUUACUUGGUCAGCUAAAAAAAACUAUUGAAACGCAAAGGCAGUGAUGGCGAAAAGUAUCUAGCUAUUUUAAUCUGUCAAAUGUUAUCGGUUCAGCAUACCGAUAUUCAAAACGGUGGUCUAACGACGCCGAUAGACUAGCUAGAAGCCACUUUGGGGACGCUCUGCCAGCGGGACUGACAGUAGACGGGAUGAUCUCGGACUGGGGUCUGAUCAGUGAGAGGUCCCUGUGACUGUGAAUGGGUCUGUGAAAUACAUUAGGACGAGCGGGCUCCACUCCAUCGCUGCCUGCGUGGACUGAGAGACACCGCCCUAUACACAGCAGUCGAUGCGGUCUUCCACUGCAUCACCCGUGGCUGAGAACCUAGCAUGUCUCGCGUCUCCACCACCGCCAAGCGUUACACCGGCUCCUCCUAUACCAGUGCCUAUAGCUCCUAUGGCUCCUCCCUGACGCCCUCCUCCCUCAGCUCCUACACCUCCGACCGGGACAGGCUGACCUCCUAUAGGAGCAACGCUGCCUCCUCCUCGGGCUACUCCUCCUACAGCUACCUGAGCAGCGCCGCCAGCCGCGCCCGCAACUACAGCACCUCCUCGGAGCUCGACCGGAGCCGGCCCAUCCCCCGCACUGACCUCCUGAGCAGCAGCAGCCGGCGCAGCGAGAGCCUGAGCCGCACCCCUGUGAAGACCUAUGGCUCGUCGGGCCUGAGCGGCGGCUCCGGUUACACUGGCUACAGCAGCUACUCCUCGUCCACCACGCCCAGCCGCUCCAGCUACCUCUCCUCGUCGCCCGGGGCCUCCAGCAUCUCUCUCGGCCGCCGGAGGUCGUCGAGCCAGAGUGACCUGACGCGGGACCUGUCGUCCCUGGGCCUCACCGAGCCCACGUCCCCCUCCUCCUCCAGCGCCCUGAGGGGUUACCGGAGCAGGGCCAGCGAUGUGGCCGACUCCUACAACAGCAGCCUGCAGAGAUCCAGCUAUGGCCUGUCCCACAGCGCCACGCAGGAGGCCUUGAGCAGCAGCAAGCUAAAGAGCGGUGGUGGUAGCCGCUUCACCUCCUCCUAUGAGAGGAGCAACAGCAGCAGCAAUGGACGAUCCAGCUCCCCCACCAGGGACUCCCUGAACUCCAAGAGCACCCAGGGCCUGGUGGGCCUACGGAACCUGGGAAAUACCUGCUUCAUGAACUCCAUCCUGCAGUGUCUCAGCAACACGCACAACCUCCGGGACUACUGUCUGCACAACUCCCACCGACGCGACCUUAACAAAAACAGCCGCACCAACACUGGGGCCCUCAUGGAGGAAUUUGCCAAGCUCCUCCAGACCAUGUGGACGUCCUCGAGCAGCGAGGCGGUCGGCCCCUCAGAGUUCAAAACUCAGAUCCAGAGAUAUGCCCCCCGAUUUGUGGGAUACAACCAACAGGACGCCCAGGAGUUCCUGCGCUUCCUGCUGGACGGGCUGCACAACGAGGUAAACCGGGUCACGGUGCGGCCGCGGGGCAGCUCGGAGGACUUUGACCACCUGCCUGACCGAGAGAAAGGGGAUAGAAUGUGGAGCAAGUACCUGGAGAGAGAGGACAGCAAAGUAGUGGACCUGUUUGUGGGUCAGCUGAAGAGCUCGUUGACAUGCAGCACAUGUGGCUACUGCUCCACUGUCUUUGACCCCUUCUGGGAUCUCUCUCUACCCAUCGCCAAGAAGGGCUACGGAGAAGUUAGUCUGAUGGACUGCGUGAGUCUCUUCACCAAAGAGGAUGUGCUCGACGGAGAUGAAAAACCAACGUGCUACAGGUGUAAAGCCAGAAGACGAUGCACAAAGAAGUUCACUGUACAGAAAUUCCCCAAGAUCUUAGUGCUUCAUCUGAAACGCUUCUCUGAAGCGCGGAGAACCAGCAAACUGUCCACAUUUGUCAACUUCCCCAUGGAGAAACUGGACCUCAGGGAGUUUGCCUCGGAAAACAGCAUAAAUGCAGUUUAUAACCUGUACGCAGUGUCCAAUCACUCAGGCACGACCAUGGGUGGCCACUACACAGCGUACUGUCGCAACCCCACCUCGGGAGAAUGGUACACGUUCAAUGACUCCAGAGUAUCGCCAAUGUCCUCCAGCCAAGUGCGCAGCAGUGACGCCUACGUGCUGUUCUACGAGCUGGCCUCCUCCUCGCGGAUGUGAGGGCCUCCCGGAGGAGGAGGGCACUGCGGGCGGUGGGCGGGAGGAGGAGGAGGUGGAGGGCACUGCGGGCGGGAGGAGGAGGAGGGCAAAGCCAGGCCCUUUAGGACUAAUCACAUCCACAAGAGGCUACUACUCCCCCCUCCCCAACUCCAUCCACAACAGAGAGAGGCUACUACUCCCCCCUCCCCAACUCCAUCCACAACAGAGAGAGGCUACUACUCCCCCCCUCCCCAACUCCAUCCACAACAGAGAGAGGCUACUACUCCCCCCUCCCCAACUCCAUCCACAACAGAGAGAGGCUACUUCUACUGCUGGACGUCCACCCUCAGACUAUGGAAACACUACAGGAAUCUGUCAUCUUUGCAGUUGCCGUUCAACCCAGCCCUCCUCACUCUCUUUUCUCUCUGCCACAUUGCUCUCUCUCUGCUCUUGGAGAGCAGGGUGGUCGGAGGAGUCGGCCUGUGCUUGUGUGGUGCGUGUGUGUGUCUCAGAGAGUAUGUGUGUUAGGUUAAGAUAGGGGAGCAUCACCAGGCAAUAAAAAACAAUCGUCUCCGAAGUCCCUCUCAAUGCACUGCAACAAACCAAACUCUCGCCCCGACCGCACCUUCUUCUCUUCUUGUUCGAGAUCGCCUCAAUAUUAAAAGACAUUGUUUCAAUUUUUGUUUUGGGAUUUUCUUGUUGAUUUUUGUAUUGGUAUUACCACCAUCAUCACGGUGGAAGAUUAACUGAACUGUGUUACUGCGGCAGCGCCCCCUGCUGACAGGUUGGAGUAGAACAAUAUGGAGCCGUCAGAAAGUCUUCUUACCACACCGCUCACACAAACCUGAGUGCCCCCUCCUGCCGACACACUGCAAUGUCUCAUCCCAGUUUCUCUGUUCAGCUGUGUACAGUACUACUCUGUCCUCUCACUGCUGCUCUCUCUCUCUCUCUCCAUGUCCUGCAUCUUCCUCUCUGAAGGUGGGGGGCAGGUUGUCCUCUUGAGAGUGCUACGUGUUCAGAGGAUGCCCUGUACCUUGUGUUAUUUUCUUCAGUGUGGCUGCGACUGAUGUUUUAAAGUGCUGUGAAUGAAAGGACGAUCCCGUAGGAAGUCACACUAUUGAUCCCAAUCUUGUCCGUAUGGAUUUGUUCAUCCUUCAAUUGUCAUGCCACUGAACAACACGGGAAGAAUGUUUUCACACAAACAAAAAAAAACAUAUCUGUAUAUUUUUAUAUUCUGAUGCAAUAUAGAGAAUGUACUAUUACAGUGGUGCUGAAAAGACCUGUUUAGUGUUUUCAGUUCAUUUAACAGGUGAAUGAGAAAGGCUCUUAAUUAUGCUUACAGGUGACUUACAUGUGAUACGAGUCGUACUUUUUAACAGUGGCAGUCAAAACACAUGAAUUUAUUAUAUAUAUAUAUAUAUAAAUUAAUUUGAA